AUGGGGCCCUGCAUGCGUUGUGGUGAAGCUUUAGCUGCAGUGGGGGUGAGUAGAGGGGGGAUUGCGAUGUAGAUUGACUGCAGCACUCAGCUCUACACUCCCAUCACUUUGAUGAAUGACCUAAUAGACUACAUUGUUGUUGUCUUGCUGUUAGUGUUGAGUUGGUUUAGUCCUCCCCUGUGGAAGUCCGAACGUGCAAGUCAGUGUGGCUGCUGGCCUUCUAGUCAGGACUACAGUGAUGUUCAGCUCUCUUCACUGGCAGAGGAAUUCUCUUUUAUUCCAGUCGCGUGUCUUUGUGUGUUUGCGCACAAUGUAGUGAGCCGCAAGAGUGAACACGGUCUAGCACCAAGCCCUAAUCCCCAACUGUGUUUGUAUGUAUGAAUGUAUGAGAGGAUGAGACAGAGUGAGUGAGUCUCUCAUGAGUGAAUGCGUGUGUAGGAGAAUGAGAGAGAGUUUGUGUGUGUGUCAGAUCAUGUGAGCAGGGCUGUGUGUGUGAGGAGAUGGGUGUCGUCAGUAGUUUUGCUAGCUCCCUAGGGGGGUUUGGUCCAUCACAUGCAGACUGCACUAUGCAUGUCCCCAUCAUUCUCCCAGCUAUUAAAAUCUAUUAAGCCAUGCAGAACAAGCCAGGCUUUUAUCUUUGAUGAAUUAUCUUGAAACCCAAGACUCUUUGUCUUUCCCUCUGCUAUGUCUAUGGAAAAGCCAUUGGCUGUACCUGUAGCUCGAGGUGUGUGUAUGUGUGUGGUCGUAGAGGACAAUUUGGUUUGAAAAGACACAAUCAGUAAAAAGGACAGUAAUCAGCCAUUCUAAAUAGUUAGGCAGCCCAUAGAUGUUACUGUUCAGUCAGUCUUGGGUUUGUUCAGGAUGCAUGCUAUCAGUGUGACCCUGUGCAGUAUGUGAGUUGAAGAGAAGUGAACACCCAAAGGCUUCUAAAAGAGAACAGCUCCAUUUGUACAUGGCUAAUAGAACUAGGAAGUAGCGCGCUGGAGUGUUGGGGAAACACUGCGAGUUUGUAAUGAUUUCAACUCUUUCAUGUUUAUGUCUUCUUCUCUCUGUCUGUUUUACACAUUUAUAGAGAUGGAGCUCUCCUCCAUCUUAUGUGUGGAGAUCAAACAGCCAUAAUUCAGGUUCGAUUGGGUGUGUGUGCGUGUGUGUGUUGCUCCGUGUACAUGAGGCCUGAUUGUGUGUCUGGCUGCGGACUGCGCCAUUGCUGCUUGUCACGUUGCAGGGUGAUGCGGUGUGGUGGGUGUGUGUUGUGGUAAGGGGUGUGGGGUGGUGCAGGGCUGGGGCGGUGGGCCUGUGGAUCCAGUGAGAGUUCAUGUUAAUGAAGGGGUCUGGCUAAGGCUCAGGCUCUAGCAGGACUCUAAUGGGGCUCUGCUCUGGGCUGCAGCCUGCUGGGUAGGCUCCCAGGGUGUAGGGCUGCAGCCUGCUGGUUAGGCUCCCAGGGUGUAGGGCUGCAGCCUGCUGGGUAGGCUCCCAGGGUGUAGGGCUGCAGUUCUAGUAUACACAUACACACACUCUAGUACACAUACAGUGGGGAAAAAAAGUAUUUAGUCAGCCACCAAUUGUGCAAGUUCUCCCACUUAAAAAGAUGAGAGAGGCCUGUAAUUUUCCUCAUAGGUACACGUCAACUAUGACAGACAAAUUGAGAAUUAUCUUUCCAGAAAAUCACAUUGUAGGAUUUUUAAUGAAUUUAUUUGCAAAUUAUGGUGGAAAAUAAGUAUUUGGUCACCUACAAACAAGCAAGAUUUCUGGCUCUCACAGACCUGUAACUUCUUCUUUAAGAGGCUCCUCUGUCCUCCACUCGUUACCUGUAUUAAUGGCACCUGUUUGAACUUGUUAUCAGUAUAAAAGACACCUGUCCACAACCUCAAACAGUCACACUCCAAACUCCACUAUGGCCAAGACCAAAGAGCUGUCAAAGGACACCAGAAACAAAAUUGUAGACCUUCACCAGGCUGGGAAGACUGAAUCUGCAAUAGGUAAGCAGCUUGGUUUGAAGAAAUCAACUGUGGGAGCAAUUAUUAGGAAAUGGAAGACAUACAAGACCACUGAUAAUCUCCCUCGAUCUGGGGCUCCACGCAAGAUCUCACCCCGUGGGGUCAAAAUGAUCACAAGAACGGUGAGCAAAAAUCCCAGAACCACACGGGGGGACCUAGUGAAUGACCAGCAGAGAGCUGGGACCAAAGUAACAAAGCCUACCAUCAGUAACACACUACGCCGCCAGGGACUAAAAUCCUGCAGUGCCAGACGUGUCCCCCUGCUUAAGCCAGUACAUGUCCAGGCCCGUCUGAAGUUUGCUAGAGUGCAUAUGGAUGAUCCAGAAGAGGAUUGGGAGAAUGUCAUAUGGUCAGAUGAAACCAAAAUAUAACUUUUUGGUAAAAACUCAACUCGUCGUGUUUGGAGGACAAAGAAUGCUGAGUUACAUCCAAAGAACACCAUACCUACUGUGAAGCAUGGGGGUGGAAACAUCAUGCUUUGGGGCUGUUUUUCUGCAAAGGGACCAGGACAACUGAUCCGUGUAAAGGAAAGAAUGAAUGGGGCCAUGUAUCGUGAGAUUUUGAGUGAAAACCUCCUUCCAUCAGCAAGGGCAUUGAAGAUGAAACGUGGCUGGGUCUUUCAGCAUGACAAUGAUCCCAAACACACCGCCCGGGCAACGAAGGAGUGGCUUCGUAAGAAGCAUUUAAAAGGUCCUGGAGUGGCCUAGCCAGUCUCCAGAUCUCAACCCCAUUGAAAAUCUUUGGAGGGAGCUGAAAGUCCUUGUUGCCCAGCGACAGCCCCAAAACAUCACUGCUCUAGAGGAGAUCUGCAUGGAGGAAUGGGCCAAAAUACCAGCAACAGUGUGUGAAAACCUUGUGAAGACUUACAGAAAACGUUUGACCUGUGUCAUUGGCAACAAAGGGUAUAUAACAAAGUAUUGAGAAACUUUUUGUUAUUGACCAAAUACUUAUUUUCCACCAAAAUUUGCAAAUAAAUUCAUUAAAAAUCCUACAAUGUGAUUUUCUUGAUUUUUUUCCCCUCAUUUUGUCUGUCAUAGUUGACGUGUACCUAUGAUGAAAAUGACAGGCCUCUCUCAUCUUUUUAAGUGGGAGAACUUGCACAAUUGGUGGCUGACUAAAUACUUUUUUCCCCCACUGUAUACACACACUCUAGUACACACACUCUAGUACACACAUACACACACUCUAGUACACGCAUACACACACAGGCCUGUACACUCACACACACAUUAUCGGAUGCAUUUAAAGAUUCAUACAAUCACACAUGCUCUGUACAACACACACACACACACACUCUCAUGGACCUGCGAAUAGGGGGCUGCUAAUGGCUUCCAGUGGGAGAUGGGGAGAGCAGGGUUUUAUCCCUUAAGUGUAGAAGACUUAAUCAGACAGAAUGGCCGGGGGCCAGCAGCAGGACUGUGCGGCCCGCCCCUCCUGGCCAGGGGAGCGGCUCCACACACAUUACGUAUUCUGUGUCUACCUCUCCUGCAGACGGCUGCAGUGGAGCUGGGCCCAGGUGAAACCACUCUCCUUUACAUUUCCUUCUGUUAGAUUGUUCAUUAUCCGAUCUGCAUAUUGAAGCAGCCUUUCAUCUCUCUCUCUCUCUAUCUAUCCUUUCUUUCUUUCUGUAUGUGUCUAGCACUGGACCUGUGUUCUACAGUGUACUAACAGAAGGUCUAGGACAGGGUUUCCCAAACUCUGUCCUCGGACCCCAAGGGGUGCACGUUGUGGUUUUUGCCCUAGCACUACACAGCUGAUUCAAAUAAUCAACUAAUCAUCAAGAUUUGAUCAUUUGAACCGGCUGUGUAGUGUUAGGGUAAAAACCAAAACGUGCACCCCUUGGGGUCCCAAGGACCGAGUUUGUGAAACGCUGGUCUAGAACAUGACUGCAGACUGAGGCUAUCUUUACUGUCUUUACUGCCUAUACCGGAACAUUCUCUUUGUCAAUGCAAGGCACUCCCUGGGGUGUGUGUUUGGGGUUGUAUGAAGAGGCUGUGUGAGGUAGGCUCUUUGUCUGAUAGGGGGUCUGGGUGUGUUCCCCGAGGUCCCCGGCACCUUGUUUGCUUUCUGUGGAGGAGCACACGCAUCAUUCCUUGGAUAAAUAAAAGCGCUCAUUUAGAAAGGGCACGUUUGGAACACAGCGUUGUUCUCCCAUCCCCCCUAUUGGCACAGGGGCUUUUGUCUGGUAAAUUCACGCUCGCUAUUUGUGAUGUCGUCGAGAGUGGUCUCGUUUGAUCUCUACCCUCGUGCCAUUCGCUGCUAUGCUGAUUGCUGUGUUGCCGACAGCAACGCUACCCUAGCUACAUUAGCUUGUGUGUCAUAAUGUUGCAGCUUAACACUGCUUAACGGGCCCAGAAAUGCAAAUAGCAGCACGCGCUCCCACCGCCAGAGCAGCAAUUAACAGAGGAGUAAUUUCAAUAAUAUAGAAUGGUGUCAAGGAUUGGGUGUGUGUGUGUUUGUGUGUGCCCCUUUGGGGAGCUGUGUUUUUUCUAUCUCUUAAAUAAUAGUUUAAAGAGGGAGGCAGCGGGAGAGGAGCCUGCCCCUGCAAUUCUGGGAGCUAGGAGUUGUUAACCCCUCUCUACCUGGCUCACAUACUCUCAGCUCAAUACUGACAGGUGUUUAGAGAGGGUAGGGGACUGUUAUAGUGGAACGGUCUGGGAGGAACACCAAUACUGAGUACGAUCAGUCUGUAACUUAGGUUAUGAUUUGUGGAAAUGGUCCCAGUUGGUGAAAGAGGGGCUAAAUCACACCUCAGUAGUGUGUGGACUGAGAGGGGAGGGGAGGAGGGCAAAAGGGGAUCCCGUUCUGGUUGUUGAGUUAUAGGUAUCAGUUUCCCAUUUCUCUCACAGCCCCGGUGUGUGUUUUGGCAAAGGCUGGUCAGUGUAAGUAGGAAACAGAGGGUAUCCAAGGUAACCUAUUGAAACAUGUUGGAGUCAUUAGACCACCCGUUCCUCUCACAGGGCUGUUUUACUGUAGGUUAAUGAUGAUGUCACAGAGCUUCUGAGGGAAUUUAAAAACAGGGGAGGGACCAACUGUGUAUAAAGUAGUACUGUAUAUACUUCUCCUACCUUACAUUCUCUCUCUGCUACAUACUCCCACUCUCUCUGCCUCUGUUUAGCAGUCUCCCCCCUCCACUACUCUCCCACUCUCUCUACCUCCCGCUGGCUUCAGGGUUCACAUGAACAGUGCACGGUACACAUGGGAUGCAGGCAGGGAGAGUAAAUCUGGAAAUAAAUAAAUAUAUCCUCUCUGCUAAUGAAGACGAGCAAUUCCCCACGGUCAAAUGCUUUUAUUAGAAUGGUGUUUUUAUCUCUUUCUAAUGAUCGUUUUCUUUAUCUCCCCCUUCUCUUUUUCUUUCUCUGUCUGUUUCUCUUGCUUUGUUUGUCUGCCUGGUGAUCGUGGUGUGAGGUCUGUCUCUAUCCUCCACUGGCUCUUUUCAGAGUGUGUUUCUGGUAAUGUGGGCUCGGUCUCGCCCCCAGGACCAAUCGCUCCGGGAAACAUCUGUAUCCCGUCCUGUGUCCACAUCUCUAGGGCCAAGCCCCAAACCCCGGCCCGUCAGCACUGGCAUUCCCCUCCUUUUCCCCCUUUCCUGACCAUGCCUCUCCAUAGCAACAAGACGGUGUAUGGUUCAGUGUAUAGUGUGAGCAUCUGCAUUGCCUCUGAACUCUAUCCGAGUGAUUGCCUUCUGCAUUCUUAAAUGUAGUGGAAUGGAAUCUAAAUAAUGGUUAGAAAAAAGAAUCUGGCAACAUUUGGAGAUUAAUCAUUCCAGGAAAGCCCAGACCGAUCAAUAGGUGUCUGUGUAAUCUCCACAAUCUCUAAAUGAGGUUUUUAAAGCGGGUAAUGAUCCUGUCCGCUUCCAUCAGAGAUGGAUGGUUUUUCUGCAAUACACCCAGUGCACUAUAGCUCUGUGUGGGAGGCUGGGGUCUGGUAGUGCCCCGAGCUUCACUUGUUUUUGCUGGGGAGCUGUGUGUACAGUUGUGUGUAUGGAUGGGGUUGCUGUGUGCUGUUGCCUGCAGGUUAGCUGAGCACAGUAGUACUUGGUAGUUGUGUUUGUAAAAAGAACCAUCUCACCUCUUCUCCUCUACCCUGCUCUGCUCUCCUCUCUGCCUGACUACACUUUAAUAUUCCCGCUCUAAUGAAGCGCUAAAUGGAGGAUGAGUGGAGCCCUGAUUGGGUGUAAUUUAGCGCUUUUCCUCCUCCACUGGGAAAGCAGUGUCUUUAGGAAUGAACAGGUCCACUGCAGGCUAGACCUAUUUAAAGAAGAUCAACUGACUGUAGACUUUGACCGCCGUUUGUAUUGGAUCUAGCAUGUGUUAUGACACAGUGGGGUUUAGACUGUGUCCUCGUUCCUAAGAAAAUGCCUCAUUGGGCGUGACAAAUUGUAUUUUUUCCCCAAAUAGUAUAAUUCCUGUAUAUGACAGUCCAAAUAGUGAGACCCUAGAAUCCCUCCCCAGCACCUGAUGUAUGAGCCAUGGGCUGCAGACAACUCCUGGAGUUCAGUAAAUGUCCUCUAGGAGGAUCUAAGAGCAGGAUGGGCUCAUACAUACUACAGUCCAAAUGGCACCUUGGUCCAGACCCAGCCCACAGUUUCCCCCAAACACGCCGGAAGAGUGAUCUCUCCUCAGAAACACCCAAAGAGAGGUAACUCUCUGAGUCUUCUGUACUAUGGGAAUACUCCACGAAUGGUGAAAAGGUACUACUGAGAGACACUGUCGAGAGAGAGUCUGAGCUGCCAAAUGGCAGCGCUUCAGCUUGAGCAAAGUCCUGGCUACCUCAGGGAAAAGAAAGAGAAAUAGAGAGGAAUAGUGAGAGAUGGAGAGAGAUGUUAUGGUGCAGGACCAGAGUUGACCCCAGUCUUCCAGGGGUUUUAGCUCUAGGCCAUCAGCAACAAGGCCAGUCCACUCGGAGUCUGGAGUCUGGACUGGGCCUUCUGGCCGACACACUGGUCCCAGCUCUGGAUAUCUGGAUCGCACUCAUGAAAUGAACAUGGGAUGGUUGAAGAAUGGAAAACAGGGUCUGUUGCCCUUGGCUUUGUCGGGGAAUAUGAAAUAGAGUCCACUCUGACCACCCUGCUGAGUUCUGCCUGGACAGACCAAGAGCAUGAUGGGAAAAUGCACUGGCCACUGCAUCGUCCAAUCUGCACACUCAGCCCAAUAGGAGGAGUAUAUCAUUUUUUUCUGGAAUGGGUCUGUAAGUAUUUAGGUGUGGUAUUAGCUUUUCUUUUUCCUCAACUUUAUUUAAACUUAGGUGGGGAAUUCACACAUUUACAAAAAAACUCAAAAGUGUCUACAUACUAGCUCUGGGAAUUAUUUUUACCUCAUCCUCACCCUAAUAAAGAAAACAGUUUUGAUUUAUGUCAGGUUGUUUUCGUGGCUUCCACUGGACUGGUGUUGGCCCAUACCCUGGGCCAUGGGGUUGAGGGUGGUGGGGGGAAGGAGGGGGGGGCGUAGAGGGGAAGGAGGAGGGUGGGGGGGUAGAGGGAAAGGGGGGGGGGGGGGGCGUAGAGGGGAAGGAGGGGGGGGGGUCCUCAUUGUGUCCUGACUACUGCCAUUUCCUGUUUGUGUGCCAGCGGAGCUUCCUUCCUCUGCAGUGCCCAGGAAAACCUUCAUCACACAUUCCUGUUCUGAUCUGGUUGUUGUUGUUACAUAUAUCGCACCUCUGAAAUUAGUACAUGAAAACAAAACAAGGAGACCACAUUCACAGGCACACGGGCACACGGGCACACAGUCACUCAGGAUAGACAGACAGACAGGGGACCCUUUAUGUUUUCUCCCACCAACCACCCAGCUAAUGAAUGAUUGAACACUUAUUUUGAGGUCUACCUUUGUGUGUUUUUAAGGCAUUGUCAUGUGGAUUCAGAUAAACCAACAAAAUGAUGUAAUCCUACAGAUACUGUAUGUAUUUCUAAGCAUCCCUCUCUUUUGUCUUUCUCUCCUUCUCUCUCUCCCCCUCUCUCUAGCGGUAGAAGAAGGCGAGUCGUCGGAGUUUGCAGGGAACUGGGAUUCAUCGUCCGUCCAAACAGGUAUCUGCUUUGUUAUUGGAAGGGUGCAGCCUGCCAGGCAGCUGUCAGAUCCGACACACAGAUUAGAUUCUAUAUGUCACAUUCCAGCUCUGCCGCCAGACGACCCAUUGAAUGGGAAUCUCUAA